GCCAAGAUUAUAACCUUUACAAUCCCAAUUCUAUUUGACCAAUACCCGGUGCUUGCAUCGAUAGUAUUUAAGAAGGGCAGCGUGAAAGCAUUUUGAUUUAGAUUUUAUAGAAUAAAACAAUUUAUAACAUAAAAAAAUGAAUUCAAUAUCUGCUAAUUCGUUAACAGGAGCGGAAAAAAGUGAACUCAUGGAACAAGUUAAACAACAAAUUGCUGUUGCUAAUGCACAAGAAUUAUUAACGAAAAUGAUUGAAAAAUGUUUUAAAAAAUGUAUUAUCAAACCAGGUACAUCAUUAGAUAGUACAGAACAGAAAUGUGUGGCUAUGUGUAUGGACAGAUAUAUGGAUGCAUUUCAUCUUGUAUUUAAAGCAUAUAGUAAUCGUUUACAACGAGAACGCAAUAGAAUGUAAAUAUAUGAUAUAAUAUAAAUAAAUUGUUUUUUGUUGUGUA